GUAACGGAGGAGCCCCAGAGGACCCCCCUGGCCGUUAGCCAUGGCCGUACCUAUUGCGGUUCUUGACUGCGACCUCUUGCUCUAUGGCCGCGGACACAGGACUUUGGAUCGCUUCAAGCUGGAGGAUGUCACGGAUGAGUAUCUAGUAUCCACGUACGGCUUUCCCCGACAGUUCAUUUACUACCUGGUGGAUCUCCUGGGAGCCAGUCUCUCUCGCCCUACGCAGCGGUCCAGGGCCAUCAGUCCGGAGACGCAGAUACUUGCUGCACUGGGUUUCUAUACCUCGGGCUCCUUCCAGACUCGCAUGGGGGAUGCUAUUGGCAUUAGUCAAGCCUCCAUGAGCCGCUGCGUUGCCAAUGUAACCGAGGCAUUGGUGGAAAGAGCCUCACAGUUUAUUCACUUUCCUGAGGAUGAAGCUACCGUUCAGAGCCUGAAGGAUGACUUUUAUGGGCUGGCAGGCAUGCCGGGAGUGCUGGGGGUGGUUGACUGCACCCACGUGGCAAUCAAAGCGCCAAAUGCUGAGGACCUGUCCUAUGUGAACCGAAAGGGUCUCCAUUCUCUGAACUGCCUGAUGGUGUGCGAUGCCAGAGGAGUCCUCCUGAGUGCAGAAACGCACUGGCCAGGCAGCCUGCCCGACUACAUGGUGUUACAGCAGGCAGCCCUUAGAAGCCAUUUUGAAACUGAGCUACAUAAAGAUGGCUGGCUGCUCGGUGACAGCUCCUUCUUUCUCCGAACGUGGCUGAUGACCCCUCUGCAUAUCCCUGAGACACCCGCAGAAUAUCGUUACAACAUGGCGCACUCUGCCACUCACAAUGUCAUCGAACGGACGUUCAGAACCAUUCGGUCGCGUUUCCGCUGCCUGGAUGGGUCCAAAGGCACCCUGCAGUAUUCUCCAGAGAAAUCCAGCCACAUCAUUCUGGCCUGCUGUGUGCUUCAUAACAUCUCCCUGGAACACGGGCUGGAUGUGUGGUCUUCCCCGGCCACAGGACACAUGGAACAACCGGAAGAAGAGUAUGAGCAAAUGGAAUCAAUGGACUCGGAAGCCUGUCGUAUUCGUCAGGAGCUUUUACUUACUCAUUUUAGCUAAUGUUGUGACAGAGGGAAGGCUUCUAAUGGUUCAUCUGGGAAGAUACAUGGAGGAAAUAUGCCCCUUCCUCUUGAGUUUGUAAGGACUAAGAUGUGAGGCGAGGAGAAAUUCUAUUCUUUUCAUUUCGGGCAGUAUUCUGAACAUCUCUCGAUCUCUCCAGAGAUGCAAUUUAAUUGCUAAAUUUUUACUGUUGUGAUGGUUAUAGACUCCCCUUUCAUCUGAUUUAGAGAAAAAUGAUUAAUGUGAGAGGUGGAGAAACUUGGGAAGUUGUCAUUGAUGAUUAUGGAAAAUCUGUAAGCCUCGCACAGUUUUACAAAGCAACAAUUCUAUGCCACUUUGU